CAGGAAAAGCCCAUUCUGCAAGAGUUCCAGGACUAUAAAUAUGUACCACAACAACCCCGAGAACACAUUUCAACAGGCGCUUCAGCACACACUUCAGCACAAGUAAUGUUAUAUUGGGCAUCUCUGUAACUUCAAACGCUGCACUACUAAAAGACUAACUGAAUAUCUGAUUAUUGUUGAAAUGGGGACUGAGAAUAAGGUGAUCAGGUGUAAAGCGGCUGUGGUGUGGGAACCUGGAAAGUCUCUCGCUGUUGAAGAAGUGGAAGUUUCUCCACCUAAAGAACAUGAAGUGAGAAUUAAGAUAGUGGUGAGCAGUGUGUGUCACACAGACUGGUUAUAUUUGCGUGAUUGUGAGACAGGAGUGAAGACUCAGUCGUUUCCCCUCAUUGUGGGUCAUGAAGGUGCCGGGGUGGUGGAGAGUGUCGGCCCGGGGGUGACCACUGUGCAGCCAGGUGAUAAAGUGAUCAUUCUCUUCCUGUCUGAGUGCAGAGAGUGUGACUACUGUCUGAGCCAAAAGACAAACCACAGCUUAAUCAACCGUGAGAAGACUCAGCAGGGUGUGUUAGCUGAUGGUACGAGUCGUUUCACCUGUAAGGGUCAGCAGGUGUAUCAGUUUGAAGGUGUGAGCACUUUGUCUGAAUACACCGUUGUUCCUGAACACAAUGUCACAAGGAUUCACCGAGAUGCACCGCUGGAUAAAGUCUGUUUCCUCGGCUGUGGAAUCGCAGCACUAAACACGGGCAAAGUGGAGCAUGGUUCUGUCUGUGCCGUGUUCGGUUUGGGAGCCGUCGGUCUCGCCACGGUGAUGGGCUGUAAAUCUGCUGGAGCUGCCAGGAUCAUCGGCAUCGACAUCAACGCGGAGAAAUAUGAAGUUGCCAAGAGGUUCGGUGUCACUGACUUUGUGAACCCUAACGAUCACAGCAAACCCAUUCAGGAGGUGCUGAUGGAGAUGACGAGUGGAGGAGUGGACUACAGCUUCGAGUGUGUGGGGAACGUCACACUUAUGAGGGCAGCAUUUGAGAGCUGCAAGACUCCCUGUGGAACCUGUGUGGCUGUGGGAUGGACUGAAAACAACCUGAUCUUGCAGUCACCUGAGGACCGUGUGUAUGAACGAAUGUGUAAGGGACUUAUCUUUGGUGGAUUGAGGAGUGUGACUCUUGUAACCAAACUGGUGCACGACUACAUCUGUCUUUUGCUGGAUGAGGGGACAUACACGUCCUCUCUGGUGGAGAUUAAUCACGUCUUCAAACUGAUGACCAGUGGGGAAAGUGUUCGGUCGGUGAUAAAAAUGUGAGCCGUGAACCUCGAAUCUCAAUUCUUUAACCAUGAAGACAUAAUCAGUCACCAUGACAACUACAUCAAUCACCAUGACAACAGACUGAUUACUCAGUGGGCCUCAGAGCUGCUGGUCCUUCUGUAAAGUUUAAAGGAAACACCGUGAUGAAGACGGAAACUCAGGACAGAAGAUGUGUCUGUGUGUUUGUGUUCAUGUGUUAAUGCUGUGAUUUAUUAAAAAAAAUGAUAAUAAAACAUAAAGAAAUUGAAAUGUAGUCCAAAUACACCUUAUCAGCAACAGGAAGUGUAAUGU